CACGGGCAACGAAACAGUUUUAUUUAUUUAUAUAUUUAUUUUUUCUCUCUUACUCGUGUGUUUGAAAUGUACAGGAACGGAUGACGUCGUGCGUUCACUCAAGUGUGUGUGUGUGUGUGUGUGUGUGUGUGUGUGUGUGGGCGUGGAAUGAAAUGUCAGCGUGCGGCGCAAGAGGAGGAGACGCCUGGAGCUGAAUGCGGUGUGUAGCUCGGGGAUCGUAUCAGCGGUGGAAAUACAACUUGUAACCACCGGACAUCCAUUUCCAGAAACUCUCAGCAACCUCCAGCGAUGAUGUAGAGUUGACAACAAUAUGAUGAUGAUGCAGAGCCUUGCACGGAGGUGGAGCAGCGAUUGACUCUCUCCUCCUUUUUCGCCACACCUUGCACUCUAUGUCCGUCCUGAUUGGGCUGCCACACUGCGAUGUCCUCCGCCGCAGCCACUACGGCUCCACCCCUUAAGAAGGGUAGGAAGCCGGAGAAAUCGGAGGGGAUGACCGACUCGGUGCAGGCCACCAGCGAGGAACUGAGGAGCAAACUUCUGGACACCCAGGUCGAGCUGCAGCAAGAGAGGGGCAAGAUAUGUAAGCUCCGCGAGCGGCUCCAGGAGCAGCGGCAGGCUCGGGAGCUCGAGCAGCACAAACAUGCUGUUGCACUCACCGACCUGCGCGCCAAACUCCAUGAAGAAAAGCUACGUGAGAUAGCGGGCGCCCGUGAGAACCUGGCUCGGCAGCAUGAAAUCGAGCUGGCCCGGGCCAUCAAGAUCAGGGAUACUGAGGUGCAGAGGCUCCAGGGGCUCGUGAACGCACUGAGAGACGGAGCCGCCGACAAGCUCAAAAACGCUCUUCUGGGAGAGGCUCGGGAGGAGGCCAGGAGAGCUUUUGAUGGGGAGAGGAUAAAGCUACAGCAGGAGAUCCAGGAGCACAAGACAGCCAGGAAGCAAGCUGAAGAGGCGCAUGCUAAUGCCCUGCAGGCCGAUAAAGCCAAAGCAGCAGAUCUCCGCACUGCCUACCAACAGCACCAGGACGAGGUGCACCGCAUCAAACGUGAUUGUGAGAGAGACAUCCGCCGACUGAUGGAUGAGUUGAAGUCGAAGGACCGAGUGAUGGGUGCCCUGGAGAGGGAGCUGGGGCUGCAGGCCGGCUACAACCAGAAGCUCCAGCUUCAGAAGGAUGCUCUGGAUGAGCAGCUGGGUCAGGUACGGGAGGCUGAGAGACACAACCACGGCAGCCCAAAGAGAGAGCUGGUGCCUGGGCUGGGGGACAACUCAGACCAGCUCAACAACCAGGAGGUAGAUGAGCGUGACAUGAGGAGGUUCCAGCUGAAGAUUGCGGAGCUCCACUCUGUCAUCAGGAAAUUGGAGGACAGAAAUGCUUUGCUGGCCGACGAGAGGAAUGAACUAUUGAAGCGGGUGCGAGAGGCCGAGUCCCAGAUGAAGCCACUGUUUGAGAAGAACAAGCGGCUGUCCAAGAAGAAUGACGACCUCCUGCAAACGCUGCAACGCAUGGAGGAGAAACUGAAGAACCUGAGCCGAGACAACGCCGAGAUGAAGGAAAAAGCUGCCUCCUCUAGACCCCCGUCACAGCAACAAUCCAUUCAGUCCCAGCUGAAGCGGCCAAGCUCCCUGACAGAUUUGAGCCAUGCCCACGAGGAACAGGAAGUGGAGUUCCUAAAGCUGCAGGUUUCGGAGCAACGCGGCAUCAUUGAUGAGCUCACGCAGGAACGUGACCGAUUGGUGAUGAGCAAAAAGAACAGGAGGAAACCUCCCAAACUGUCCAAAAGGCAUGUUGUGGAGACAUAUUUUGGAUUUGAUGAGGAGUCGAUAGACUCGGAGACCUCCUCUCUGACCUCCUACAACACUGACCUCACGCCCGCAACUCCAGAGGAGGAUUUGGAAGAGAUUAUUUCCCGCGAAGAGUCUGAGCUUCGUUUCCGUCAGCUGACCAGAGAGUACCAAGCUCUCCAGCGGGCCUAUGCCCUUCUCCAAGAGCAGACGGGGGGCUCUCUGGAUGCUGAGAGGGAGGCCAGGACACGUGAGCAGAUGCAGAUUGAUCUCAGCAGCUGCCAGGCCAAGAUUGUCGAUCUGGAGAAGGCCCUGGCCGAGAGGGGGCAGGAUUCAAAGUGGGUGGAGGAGAAGCAGUACUUGCUCAGGACCAACCAGGAACUUCACGAGAAGAUGUGUCUGUUGCAACAGGGGGAGUCGCGGCUGCAUGCCGAGGUUCAGGACGCCCGCGAUCAGAAUGAGCUGCUGGAAUUCAGGGUGCUUGAACUGGAAGAGAGGGAGCGUAGAUCUCCUGCCCUUAAUCUUCACAUGUCUGCGUUCCCUGAGAACAGCAGCAGUGCCCUGCAGGUCUACUGCCACCAGGAGGGAGUCAAGGAUGUAAUCAUUCCUGAGCUGAUGAAGAAACUGGAUAUCUUGGGGGAUAAUGGGAAUCUCAGAAAUGAAGAGCAGGUAGCGGUGAUCCAAGCAGGGACAGUUAUCUCACUGUGUGAAAAAUGGUUGAAGCAGAUAGAUAACACAGAGGCCGCCCUCACACAGAAGAUGAUCGACCUGGAAAAUGACAAGGAGCUUUUCAGCAAGCAGAAGGGAUUCCUGGAGGAAGAGUUGGACUACAGGAAGCAGGCCUUGGAUCAGUCCUACAUGAGGAUCGAGGAGCUGGAGGCCACGCUGUAUAGCGCUCUGCAGCAGGAGCAGCCGGCCUGCCAGGCGGUGGCCGAGUCGCUGACAGACAGGCAGAGGGAGGAGCUGAGGCUAGCCGUGGAAAAGCUGCGGCGUCAGAUUCUCAGGCAGAGCCGGCAGUUUGACAGUCAGAUCUUACAGGAGCGCAUGGAGCUCCUACAGCAGGCCCAGCAGAGAAUUAGAGAGCUGGAGGACAGAAUUGACUUGCAAAAGAGACAAGUAAAGGAAAUAGAGGAAAAGUUUUUGUUCCUCUUUUUGUUUUUCUCUUUAGCAUUUAUUCUUUGGCCUUAA